GAGAGAGAGAGAGAGAGAGGCGGAUCUGCAGCGGCGUGCUCGCCUGACCCCGGAGACAGGCGGGUCCACGGUGGGGGGACGGGUGGAUCCGCAGCGGGGGGCUCGUACUGAUGCCGGUGGUCUCGCCGUGACCCGGGGCCAGGCGCCGCUCACAAAGCAACAGCCAGGCAGAACCAGCUUAGAGCUACAACUCCCGACUGAAGUUCGCCUGCGACACUUUGCUGUACUAGUCUUUGCCUUCCCUCAUCUUUUGACACUAGUUCUUUCAGACAUCACCCCUUCCUUUGUUUUUGGACAUUAUUUUAUCUGGUAGCGAAUAUUUCAUUUUCAUGAUUUUAAAUGACAAAUCGCAACCGCUAUCUCCAACGAGUCACCCACUACUAAUUUCUGCAUAAAUCAAGAUUGAGCUGCAACCGGAAGGAUCCAUAGGUCACCAGAGGAGAUACGAUUAUUGACCAUGAAGCUUCUUUCACUUUGAGAAUUUGAAUUGGUGGCAGAACAUCCUGUUGGACUUGGAAGAGGAAUACUAUUUCAGAAAAGGAUUCUAAGUUUCCAGAAGGAGUUCUCUUCUGAAGACAAAGAUAUUGUGAAGAAAACAAAGAAUAUUGACUCUAAUCUACUUGCUGUGCUUCCUAAAGUAUCUGAACUUCGAAAACUUUUUGAAGCUGGGCAAAAAUCCUCUGCGGAAAUGAACAGAAAAGAGAGAAUUGCAAGACGUUUGGAAGGGAUUGGAAGUGAAACACAGCCAGUGUUGCUACAGAAUUGUCCUGGAUUAGUUACUCAUCGCCUACUGGAGGAAGAUACUCCUAGAUACACACGAGCUUCCGAUGCUUGCAGUCCACCUCUGGGUAGAAGAUCGGAUAAGGAAGGCUCAGAUCAUCAUCCUACUGAAGACCUUUAUUCAGAAAGGCAGUCAAGACCUAGGUGCCGAGGAGAGGUUAGACACAUGAACGUUGAGUCCCCUUGCAUCGCCAGUGUGAAUCUCGAAGUGUUAGAUGCGAAAGCAGAGAGGAUAGCCAAAUACAAAGCUGAGAGGAGGCGACAGCUGGCUGAGAAAUAUGGAAUUGCCUUGGAUCCUGAACACGACGAGAGCAUUGCAUCCAAGUACUCAAGACCAAGAAAGGAAAUUGAUCUAACUGAACAAGUGCCAUCACCAUCCGAAAAGGUUUACAGCAGUGGCUUAACAAAGUUGCAAAGUUCCAGGGAUCAAAUAGCUGAUGAAGCAGGAAGCCUGUCAGCUGGUGUAUCUAUAGAAAAAUUCUCCUCAGAUGGCAAUAGUUUCAAAGAAAGAGAAACUCUGCUGAAUGAAGAAAAUCAGAAAAAAGCACUUGAGAUUAGUGCCAAAGGGAAAAAUUUGGAACCUUCAAAUAGCAAGGAUUCUACUGUGACUGACGUGCCAGAAUCCCCACCAUCUCCUUGGAGAGUUUCACUCGUAUCACCGAAGCAGUUCUCAGAUUCGUUUAACGCAGUUAGUGAGCAAUCCCAAAGCUUGCACAAUAAACAAGGCAACACAUUGAAAGUAAAGAAUGAAUGGUUCCUGCAGAGAGAUUCCAAUGGCGAGACACCUUCCCUCAUCAACUGGCCUUCCAGAGUAAAAGUUAGAGAAAGAAUGUUGAAAGAGGAAGGGAUUCGGAGCAGCCCCGAAAUAGUGAAAGGCAUCUUUCAAGGAAGAACUCAGCAAACGCCUAUGCAUUAUAUCUCCCUCGUGUCGGAAUCUCCAACCAUUCAUACAGUUAGUAAGCCGAUGACAGCUCACCAGGCGCUACUUCAGCCAACCAAUCCUGUAGACUGUGCCAACAUAAUGACAACAAAGUACAAAACCAGCAAAGUUGGUCAUCUUGUACCAAGCAGCAUUAACUUUUCAUCAAAAGCUGACGCAGCAGAUAUCACGGAACCUGGAAGAUCUGUCCAGAGUUCUGAACCAAUCAUGGAUGGGUGUGCUGGCACCAGGGACUUGCUGAAAAGCUAUAAAGCAAUAUUACCUUCUCAGAUUCGCAAGCAUGAAAAGGUUCUUGAAGAUACUGUCAGUGGCACGAGAGUUGUACAUUCACAAACAUAUAUGGGAAGAAAAGAUGAAAAGGCAAACAUCCAGAAGCCAAUUUUUCACAAAGCCAUCAGUAUUGUGCCAGAAAAAUCUGACGGACCAGAAUCUUGUCCUCUGGCACCAUCUGCGAUAGACUGGAAUAAACCUAUUGAUGCUAAUCAGAGAAGUGAGAAAUCCUUGUACAUUCAGAAAAAGGCUGGGGUGAAUUCUCAUACAGAUAUUGAAGCAGGAAAAGCCCCAUCCAGGAAGCUGUCCAUUGAGAAACAUCAUUUGACAGAGCAGCAUAUAGAAGUUCCAAACAGCAUAGGACUUCAGAGUGCCAGUGCCAAUGGAGAUGCUGGUACGGUUGACACGAGGGUGUCGGUUGCCAAACUUCGAAGUGCCUUUCUGGAGACGGCCAAAGCCAGCAGAAGUCAGGACCUUGCAGCUAAUGUUGACUUAAUGACAUCGGGCCUUGAUUUGGCCGCCCCUACUGAAAUGGAGAAGGCCCAUCGUAGGCCAAGGCGUUACAUUACCUUUGGUGAGAAUAGGAAGACCUCAGAGAGGUUUAGAACACAGCCUAUAACUACAACAGAGCGGCAAGAGACAGCUAGGCCAGGGCAUAUUGCACAAAUGGAAGCUACUGAAGAUGAAGAAAAAUUAGAUGAACGAGCAAAAAUGAGUGUGUCUGCAAAGAGAUCACUUUUCCGUGAAAUGGAAAGAGCAACAAAAGCAAUGGAAACAUCUCUGGCUUCCAAACCUCGGUCCAGGAAUUCAGCUGUGGAGCGACGACUGCGUCGCAUGCAAGAUCGCUCUCGUACGCAGCCUGUCACAACCGAAGAAGUAGUCAUUGCAUCCAGCAAACCCACCCCUGUCUCUCCUACGGUGACUGUCCACACAGUCAUGGCGAGAACCACUAGCCCCACUGUAGUAAACUCCAAUUCACAGCCAAUCAGACUACAAGCAUCAGCACAGAAUACUGCGGGAGAGCAGAAGGGGAACGAAGCCAAAGAAUUGACAGAACAAGGUCAGCAUGAAGAGCCAGACAUCUCCACACUGAGUCUGGCAGAAAAGAUGGCCCUCUUCAAUCGCCUUUCGCAGCCUGUGAUCAAAGUAAAAGUACCAAGGAAUAGAAGUGAUACCAGACAGAGACGGUCAAAUGCCCGAUAUCAGACUCAACCAAUUACACUGGGUGAAGUUGAAGAGGUGCAAAAUAGCAGUGGAAUGACAGGACCCUUGUCACAAUCUCUGAUAAAGACAAUGGCCAGUCAGACUGCUACCGUCUCCACAACCUGUGCUGGUGACCUACACCUUGGAAAGUCUUCCACUGCUGAGGACAGUUUGUAUGCUACCCAUCUGUCUGCAGCAAAAUCCAUUCUUUCUUCCCAAGACAUUUCAUGUAGAAGCGCAUUUCCAUCGGAACUCACGCUCUCGUCGCAAGGAAAGGCAUACGGACUCAGUGGAGCAUUCAAAGAAGGCGUUGCAGAGGACUACAAACAUGAAGAAAAGCAAGAGGAGCUGCAACAGAGAAGCAAAUAUGGCGAUAUCUUUACAGAUAGUCUGCCUCAGAAAGUCACUGGGAGCAACAUGAGUAGUAACUAUGGGACGCCCGAAAGACAGGGUGGAGAGCAGCUGGAUGCAGAACCUGUGCUACAGACAACUGAAUGGAACAAUCCCAUGAAAUCAGAAACCUUAAAUGACUCCUGGGAACCUGCAGAAAAAUGCUUUGAUGAGCACAUUAAAAACAAGGGAGCCAUGACAGAGUGUGUGGAACAUGCUUCUGAAAUGAAAACAGGAUCUGCUACAACAUUAACUGCAUUACAAGUUUCUGCUGUAACAUCGUCCAGACAUAGUUCAUAUCUGCAGCCAGCCCCGCAAACAGAAAGUAAAGUGCCUUAUGAUCAGUCAGAACCAAUUUCUGCUGAAGCCAGCCGGGUUGACAAAAGUGAGGACAUCUCAGAUCUCACUGCUGGAAAAGCAAUGUCCAUAAAAGAAAGGAUGGCUUUGCUGAAGAAAAGUGGAGAAGAGGACUGGAGGAACAGAAUUAACAAGAAGAAAGACAGUAGCAAGAUGACCAUGAUCAGCCGCUAUUCUCAGUAUCAGGAAACAGAGCAAACUUAUAUCAAAAAGGAGCAAGCAGACCUUACUGAUGACAGCUGUGUUCCUAAUCAGCUCUGGAGAGUGUCAGCUGAAGUCGAAGCACAGAUGACAAUUGAAGAAAGGAAGCAGCUCAUAACAGCACGGGAGGAGGCCUGGAAGACACGGGGCAGAGGAGCGUGCAAUGAUUCCUCGCAAUUUACCGUAGCCGGAAGGAUGGUAAAGAAAGGCUUGGCAUCACCAACAUUCAUGAGUCCACUCUCCUCACAUCUUUCACCCAAGAUAAAGAACAGUACACCAGUCAUUUCCAAGCCACAUGAAGAAAUUGAGGUCAGGCCUGAUUUGCAGUUGGAAAGUGACAGGAAGCUUGAUAAGUUGGAGUCAUUCCUGGGUAAACUGCAGAACAGAAUACCAGGACAUCAGGAUGCUGUCAUAACUGUAACUGGACAAUCAGUGAAGGAAGUCAUGAGACCUGACGACGAAGAGACCUUUGCAAGAUUCUACAGACAUGCAAACACAGUUAUCAUUCAGCCAGGAGCUGUGGAGAUCGACGAGGAGGAUCUUGAUGCCAUCUUUGAUCCCAAUGUACCAAAGCUAACCUCUGCAGUGGCAGAACACAAGCGGGCUAUGAAACCUGCACGGAAAGUUCAGUCUUCACGUAAUCCACUUAAAAUGCUUGCUGCGAGAGAUGACAUCCGGCAAGAAUAUACAGAGCAACGUUUGAACAUUGCAUUUAUGGAGUCAAAGAGAAUGAGGGUAGAAAAAAUGUCAAAAAACUCUAACUUUUCGGAAAUGGCAUUAGCUGGGCUGGCCAGCAAGGAGGAUUUCAGCAGCGUCAACCUCCGAAACGUGAAUUCGACAGAACAAGUGUCAAACAAUAGCGCGGUGCCGUACAAAAAGCUGAUGUUGCUGCAAAUUAAAGGUCGGAGGCAUAUCCAAACCAGACUAGUGGAACCAAGAGCAUCGUCACUGAACAGUGGAGACUGCUUCUUGCUGCUAGCUCCUCAGCACUGCUUCCUGUGGACAGGAGAAUUUACCAAUGUGAUUGAGAAGGCUAAGGCUUCGGAGCUGGCAUCGUUUAUUCAGACUAAGAGGGAUCUUGGUUGUAGAGCACCAUAUGUGGCUACUAUAGAAGAAGGAAUUAACACCCAUACAAAAACAGCCAAAGAAUUCUGGAGACUCUUAGGUGGUCAGUCAAGCUACCAAGGAGCAGGAAAUCCUGAUGAAGAUGAACUGUAUGAAAGUGCAAUAGUAGAAACCAAUUGUAUUUAUCGUCUAGUAGGUGAUAAACUUGUCCCUGAUGAUGACUUCUGGGGGAAAAUACCACGUUGUUCUUUGCUUAAUUCGAAAGAUGUGCUGGUGUUCGAUUUUGGCAGUGAAGUGUACGUGUGGCAUGGGAAAGAAGUCACACUGGCACAACGAAAGGUGGCAUUCCAGUUGGCAAAGCAUUUGUGGAAUGGAACCUUUGAUUACACAAAUUGUGACAUCAACCCUCUGGAUCCAGGCGAAUGCAAUCCUCUGAUACCAAGAAAAGGUCAAGGUCGUCCUGAUUGGGCCAUUUUUGGCAGGCUGACCGAGCACAAUGAAACUAUUUUGUUUAAGGAAAAGUUUCUGGACUGGGUGGAUUUAAAGAAGCCCUCACCAAAAUCUGCAGCUGAAGAGGAGCACAAGCAGGAACAUGGCGUUGACCUCAAACCAUAUGACGUCUCCUUGAUGAUUCCUCUGUCACCAGUCCCAGUUGGAACGUCACUGGAUGGGCUGAAUAUUGGGCGUGGUUAUGGAGUUGUAGAGGGCGAAGAUGGAAGGCAGUUUGAGAUCACUAAUCUCUCAGUUGAUGUGUGGCACAUUCUUGAGUAUGACUACAGCAGAUUACCCAAGCAGAGCAUUGGGCAGUUUCAUGAAGGAGACACAUAUGUGGUGAAAUGGAAGUACUUGGUGAGCACCACAGUUGGAAAAAGGCAGAAAUCAGAACUUGUACGAAACACCGCAGUUGGAAAGGAGAAAUGUGCGUACUACUUCUGGCAAGGCCGUCACUCAACCGUGAAUGAGAAGGGGACUUCUGCUCUGAUGACUGUUGAGUUGGAUGAGGAACGGGGCGCACAGGUACAGGUUCUUCAGGGGAAAGAACCACCCUGUUUCCUGCAGCUCUUUCGAGGAGGGAUGGUUGUGCAUGCUGGUAAAAGAGAAGAGGAAGAAGAAAGUUCACAAAGUGACUGGCGGUUGUACUGUGUGCGGGGAGAGCUUCCAAUGGAAGGGAAUCUGCUUGAAGUCGCUUGUCAUUGCAGCAGCCUGAGAUCCAGGACCUCGAUGAUUCUGCUGAACGUCACCAAGGCAGUCAUCUAUCUAUGGCACGGCUGUAAAGCACAACCACACACGAAGGAAGUAGGCAGGACUGAAGCAAGCAAAAUCAAAGAACUAUGCCCACUGGAGGCAGGACUGCACAGUAGUAGCAAUGUUACAAUACAUGAAUGUGACGAAGGGUCGGAGGCUGUGGCGUUCUUUGAAGCAUUGGGCAGGAGAGAUCGAAAAGCCUAUGACUGCAUGUUGCAAGAUCCUGGAAAAUUCAACUUUACUCCUCGACUCUUUCUCCUCAGUAGUUCAUCUGGAGAAUUCAUUGCCACUGAGUACUUGUAUCCUGCCAGAAAUCCUGACAUGGUAAAUUCAAUGCCGUUCUUGCAAGAAGAUCUUUAUACUGCUCCACAGCCAGCGUUGUUCCUGGUGGACAAUCACCACGAAGUAUACCUCUGGCAGGGUUGGUGGCCGACAGAAAAUGAAAUUACAGGGUCUGCCCGGAUCCGUUGGGACUCAGAUCGGAAAUGUGCAAUGGAGACGGUGUUACAAUACUGCAAAGCAAAGAAUCCCAAGAAGCCACCAAAGUCCUACCUGAUACAUGCGGGUUUUGAACCACUGACGUUUACCAAUAUGUUUCCCAGCUGGGAACACAGGGAAGAUGUUGCAGAGAUCACAGAAAAGGAAGCUGAAGUCUGCAAUAAAAUAAUUUUGGUGGAGGAUGUAUUGCACAAGUUGUGCCAGACACAGUACCCCCUAGCAGAACUGCAAGCCCGCCCUCUGCCAGAGGGAGUUGAUCCGCUAAAACUUGAAAUUUACCUGACUGAUGAAGACUUCCAGAAAGCUCUCGAAAUGACAAGAGAAGAGUUCAGUGUCCUACCCUCCUGGAAACAAGUUAAACUGAAGAAAGAAAAAGGACUGUUUUGAGUAAUUUGCUGGAAUGAACAUUUUAUUUUUGGAAAAUGCCACAUGCUUAAUAAUGGAGACUUUGCAGAAGAUCAUUUUGACAUCUGUGGUUUGGUCAGUGGAACAGAGUAAACAAAUUGCACAUUCAGGGCAGUGAUGCCUUUUUUGUGGGGCGGGGAGGGAUUGGGGGCAAUCUCAUCCGUUUCUGCAUGUUGAGGGGGGCACUAUGGGUUUUAACAGUGUUGACAUAUUGACAUAGUGCUGUCAUAUGCAUUUGACCUCAAAAUGCACUUAUGAGCAACAGAUGCUAUUCAGCCAUGUCCUGCCUAUAUAUCUUGAAGGCAAUAUAUUUUGUAAAGUGUUACUUUGUGUGUAGCAGAUAGUAAAUCAUAAAGAGUUUAUAUUUAUAUAAUACAACAUGAAAAGUGACUACAGUUUAAUGACUAAAUAUUUAAUUGUUAAUGACAUUAUAUUCAUUUUAGAAGACAUUUGCAUUAACCAGAAAUUACAAUAGCUAGUUGGAACAAGCUGCUUGUACCAAGAUGAUGCCACAAGCAAGUGUUGUUGUUUUUUUGCAUUCUGAUAAUCAUGCUGUUGACUAUGGGCAGUGGGAUGUGCCCUCAGUGCUGUUAUGGACAAAGUGUAUUUAUGGUAUGAAGUAAUGGGAAAACUGCUCAAAUCAAGUAACUUUUUAUGUGAAUCUACGAAAUGUAUAGUGCCUUGCUUUUGUGUACAGUUUAUACUACAUAGCAGAUGUCUGAAUUUUGAUGGAAGCAGGUGUUUAGAAGGAAAUCCUUCAUUCAGUUAACUUGUAAUGCUGGAGACUUAAACAUCUCUAUUUCUAAUACUCAUCAGCCUAACAAACUUCUUUGUGAUACAGUUUAGAAAAAUAAAAGUUGACGAAUGGA